GUUCGCAGACACCGUGCGAGCUGUUCAUGAUCCUGACGCGCAACAUCACUCUCUUGUGAAAACAAUAUCUUGGUCGCAGGCGCUGUAGUUCAUGGACAUUGACGUUGAUUCGUCCAUCUCGCCUUUAGCUACAUGGACUUUGCACCCGUCGCCACAUGAUCCUGCCUAUCUCGCUUCACAAGAUGAGCUCCGCAAUCUGCUUUUCACCACAGCGCAGACUCCCGCACCAACGAGGAGGGGCACUCCGGUCAGAGAUGAAGCCAGAGAGUCGUACGAGGCAGACACAAGUGCGUCUCUGCGAUCUGACUCGGUCAAACAGAUCCUUGCGGUAGGUCGCCGCUUGGAGUAUCUGGACAAUUACGUCGGUCGGGUAGCUUCUUGGGUACGUGACCAACGUCGAAGAUGCCGAGCUUGCGGCCGUACUGUCGGAAAAGUUGCAGAGAAGAUGUGCUGAGGUAACAGAAAGCUAGACAUGUUUGACUCGAACCGGAACUUUGCAAUAACUAUUCCCCCUUUGGCCCGGCGCUCGCCGGCUCUGCUCUAUGCUAUCCUGGCGAUCUCUGCCCGUCAGUUGGAGCUCAUGGGGGGCAUCAGGAACCCAUGCGAUAGCCUUGAGCUGUAUCAAGAGGCAAUCCAGAUGCUCAAGCCGUUGCUGCAAGUGCGCGACGAAGAUGCCAUCACAGUAAGCGUCAUCCUAUGCUGUAUGGAGAUGAUGUCCGCCAGCGGAGAAGAUUGGAGGAGACACUUGGAUGGAUGCGCAGCGUUGUUCGUGAGCUUCGGCGUCAACGGUUUCAGCGAUGAUUUGAGAAAGGCUCUCUUUUGGUGCUAUGCAAGGAUGGAUCUCUGCGGCGCACUCAUGUCCGACGGAACGCAGAGUACUCUCAUCGAGCCGUGGCGGUGGCUCGCGCCCGGAGUUUCAGCAGACCGCGCCCAGGAACUCUUUGCUCAGCAUCGAUCUCCAGACAUGCAUGCAAACUACGCGGUCUACCUGUGCGCAAAAGUAUGCGAGCUUCUCGCAGAUCGUACGAAGUACAGCGAGCUCGGCGCAGAUAACGGGUGCAACGAUGCCGCCUAUGCCAUGCGCUGGACAGCGCUGUGGGACGAUCUUCAAGCAUGGCUUGACCAGCGGCCCGAAGAACUGCUACCGCUUCAAACACUGGAUGGGAAGCCAUUUCCACACAUCUUGUUCAUCCACUGGGCGGCCAUCUCGGCCAAUCAGCUCCAUCACACCGCCUGCCUUUUACUUCUGGACAUGGCCCCGGCAGGCUCCAAGCAAUCUCUGCAAAAGGAACAGUUGAUUCUGGGCUACGCGAAGCGCAUUUGCGGGAUAUCUUUGACAAACCCACAUCAAGGCUGCAUCAACAACGCCGUCCAGCCUCUGUGGAUAGCUGGGCGUCAUCUUACACAUAGGUCGGAGCACGCUGUGCUGAUUAAGCUAUUCAAGAAUAUUGAGCAAACCACGGGUUGGGCGACGAGUUGGCGCGUUGCCGAUCUUGAGCGCAUUUGGGGCUAUAAGAUUCGCAAAAAUUAAUUUUUUUUUCCAAUUCACUAGACAUAAUACAUGUGCCCUCAAAUAUCAGCAGAGUAUGACCAAGUGCUACGAAGAGCUUCAACUGUCUCGCUGAUCUGGAAGCCCGUUAAAUUCUGGAUGCGAGCAAAGCCUUCGGACAAAGCCCGCUGCUGCGAUUCGUGCGUCAUCCUUCUGGCGACCAACAGAAGCGAUGAAAGCAAACAAGGAUCCCAAGAUUCACGUCGGUUGUUGUUCAGCGCGAUCCCGCACACCCUUUCAGAAUGCCAAAGGGGAGAAGUGUGCCACGGCGUGCUUUGCAGCCUCAAAUUCCGGGGCUUGUGGAGCAAAAGCAGAAACAUGGCCGUGUGGUGCAUCUGGUUCGCGAAAACGCCCGCCGCCGUGCUGAAGCUGAUCGUGGGGAAGUGUCUGUCGACACUGCCUGGGACCUGUCCAGGGUCGAGCUCGACAAGGGGAAGCAGCUCACCGGGCCUCAGAUUAUACCAGCCUUCGAGUUUUUCAAAGAGCAGAUACCAGCGCGUCGCGAGAGGCAGCCUUGUCAUGGUGGCCGACUCUUCCGCUCUACCCCAGCACAGACUCAGGACCUCCGCACACAUCAGCAGGCCUUGAUACGCGUACGGCAAUACCGUGUCUGACUUUUGUGGCAGAUGGUUUAUCGUGCUGAGAGGGAUGAGAGGCAGUCGCGGAGCCUCUGAUCGCAUAAGGCAUACGCUUAGCUCUGCCACAUGUGAGCGCCUCGUCCUCUGGACCGUUGGAUGGUCAUGUCGCAAACGUACCUAGUCGAAGGGACAGGAAAUACAAAGACGUCUCCAGUCGCCCUGGUCUCGAAAACUCUACCAGGUCGGAUGGAUUCCAGGGGCUGGACGUCUGGAGCACGCCAUUCCGGCACGCAGACGAGAAGUCUGAGAUGAAGCCUAGCAGAAUGUACAGCACAGAUGCAACUAAAGCGUGUCUGGUGUUGCUUUCCUCCCCUUGCUUUGUGUCAUAUAUUAUAGCCAGCAUUUUCAGUUCUUCCUCGCUUGAUCCUGCUUUCGAAGACUCUACACCUCUUAUCGAAGAAGAAGAAGAGAGCAUCAGAAGGACUAAUAGAACAGGGUGAGAGACCAUUGCUAAUCGUGGGACAACCAGACCAAACGUCUGAUCUCUGUCCAUCAUGUCGAGCUGUGAUUGGUUAGAAGUCAGAGC